AGCGGGGCCCGCCCCGCGCCCGCCGCACUCGCGCUGACUCGGCUGCCGGCGGCGUUCGUGCCGGCUCGGACGAGCGAGCGAGCGAGCGGGCGGGCGGGCGGCGAGGAGGGAGAGCGCCUCACCUGGCCUUGCAGCCGCCGCCGUCGCCGGCCAGGCGUGUGGAGGGCGCACGGCCCGCGACGUCCGCCAGAUCGUCCGGGGCCGCCGGGAGUCGGGCAGCGAUGGAACCGGGGCCCGCGGGGCCGUCCUCCGGCGCCCAGAGGCCGGCCGGAGUCGGAGAGACGCCGCCAGCCGCCGGCGGGCUGCAGCUGCCCGGCACGGCGGUGCCCUCGGCGCCGGAGGAUGCUGCGAGCCGGGGCGGCAGCGGCGGCGGCGGGGUCCGCGCGGAGAGCGCCGCGGCGGCCGGCGACGGGCUGGGCAGACCCCUGGGGCCCACGCCGAGCCAGAGCCGCUUCCAGGUGGACCUGGUUUCCGAGAACGCCGGGCGGGCCGCGGCGGCCGCUGCAGCUGGGGCCGGGGGCGCUAAGGAGACCGCCGCGGACGGCGAGAGCGGGCCGGCCAAGGGCAGCGAGGAAGCCAAGGGCCGCUUCCGCGUGAACUUCGUGGACCCUGCCGCCUCCUCGUCGGCGGACGACAGCCUGUCGGAUGCGGCGGGCGUCGGAGGCGACGGGCCCAACGUGAGCUUCCAGAACGGCGGGGACACGGUGCUGAGCGAGGGCAGCAGCCUGCACUCGGGCGGCGGCAGCGGGCACCACCAGCACUACUACUACGAUACCCACACCAACACCUACUACCUGCGCACCUUCGGCCACAACACCAUGGAUGCCGUGCCCAGGAUCGACCACUACCGGCACACGGCCGCGCAGCUGGGCGAGAAGCUGCUGCGGCCCAGCCUGGCGGAGCUCCACGACGAGCUGGAAAAGGAACCUUUUGAAGAUGGCUUUGCCAAUGGGGAAGAAAGUACUCCCACCAGGGAUGCUGUGGUCACAUACACUGCAGAAAGUAAAGGCGUCGUCAAGUUCGGCUGGAUCAAGGGUGUGUUGGUACGUUGUAUGUUAAACAUUUGGGGUGUUAUGCUCUUCAUUAGACUGUCUUGGAUUGUGGGUCAAGCAGGAAUAGGUCUUUCAGUCGUCGUGAUAAUCAUGGCCACUGUUGUGACAACUAUCACGGGAUUGUCGACUUCCGCAAUAGCUACUAACGGAUUUGUAAGAGGAGGCGGAGCAUAUUAUUUAAUAUCCAGAAGUCUAGGACCGGAAUUUGGUGGUGCGAUUGGUCUGAUCUUUGCUUUUGCAAAUGCUGUUGCAGUUGCUAUGUAUGUGGUUGGAUUUGCAGAAACUGUGGUGGAGUUGCUUAAGGAACAUUCCCUACUUAUGAUAGAUGACAUCAAUGAUAUCCGAAUUAUUGGAGCCAUUACGGUGGUGAUUCUUUUGGGUAUCUCAGUAGCUGGAAUGGAAUGGGAGUCAAAAGCUCAGAUUGUUCUUUUGGUGAUUCUACUUCUUGCCAUUGCUGACUUCGUCAUAGGAACGUUUAUCUCACUGGAGAGCAAGAAACCCAAAGGUUUCUUUGGCUAUCAAACUGAAAUAUUUAAUGAGAACUUCGGACCUGAUUUUCGCGACGAGGAGACUUUCUUUUCUGUGUUUGCCAUCUUUUUUCCUGCUGCAACUGGCAUUCUGGCAGGAGCAAACAUCUCAGGUGAUCUAGCGGAUCCUCAGUCAGCCAUACCCAAAGGAACACUCUUAGCCAUUUUAAUUACUACGGUGGUUUACAUAGGAAUUGCAGUAUCUGUAGGUUCUUGCGUCGUUCGGGAUGCCACUGGGAAUGUUAAUGACACUAUUGUGACAGAGUUCACAAACUGUACCUCUGCCGCCUGCAAACUAAACUUUGACUUUUCAUCUUGUGAAGAAAAAGACGGUGUGUGUGCCUACGGCCUCAUGAACAACUUCCAGGUCAUGAGCAUGGUGUCAGGAUUUGCACCAUUAAUUUCUGCAGGCAUCUUUUCAGCCACACUUUCUUCAGCAUUAGCAUCUCUUGUGAGUGCUCCUAAAAUAUUUCAGGCUCUGUGUAAGGACAAUAUCUACCCAGCGUUCCAGAUGUUUGCUAAAGGUUAUGGGAAAAAUAAUGAACCUCUUCGUGGCUACAUUUUAACAUUCUUAAUUGCACUUGGAUUCAUCUUGAUUGCUGAGUUGAAUGUUAUUGCUCCAAUCAUCUCAAAUUUCUUCCUUGCAUCAUAUGCAUUGAUCAAUUUCUCAGUAUUCCAUGCAUCACUUGCAAAGUCUCCAGGUUGGCGCCCCGCCUUCAAAUACUACAACAUGUGGAUAUCCCUUCUUGGAGCAGUUCUGUGCUGCAUAGUGAUGUUUGUCAUUAACUGGUGGGCUGCUCUGCUGACCUAUGUGAUCGUCCUGGGCCUUUACAUUUAUGUCACCUACAAGAAGCCAGACGUGAACUGGGGCUCCUCCACACAAGCCUUGACGUACCUGAACGCACUGCAGCACUCCAUUCGCCUCUCUGGGGUGGAGGACCACGUGAAGAACUUCAGGCCACAGUGUCUUGUGAUGACGGGUUCUCCAAAUUCACGGCCGGCUCUGCUUCAUCUUGUUCAUGAUUUCACGAAAAACGUUGGCUUGAUGAUCUGCGGCCAUGUACAUAUGGGCCCUCGAAGACAAGCCAUGAAAGAGAUGUCCAUUGAUCAAGCCAAAUAUCAGCGAUGGCUUAUUAAAAACAAAAUGAAGGCCUUUUAUGCUCCAGUUCAUGCUGAUGACUUGAGAGAAGGUGCGCAGUAUUUGAUGCAAGCUGCCGGUCUUGGACGAAUGAAACCAAACACACUUGUCCUCGGAUUUAAGAAGGAUUGGUUACAGGCGGAUAUGAGGGAUGUGGAUUUGUAUAUAAACUUAUUUCAUGAUGCCUUUGACAUACAAUAUGGGGUAGUGGUUAUCCGCCUAAAGGAAGGUCUGGAUAUAUCUCAUCUUCAAGGUCAAGAAGAAUUACUGUCCUCACAAGAGAAGUCUCCUGGUGCCAAGGAUGUGGUGCUCAGUAUGGAGUGUAGCAAAAAGCCGGGAUUAGAGCCUUCCAAGCCAUCUGGUGAAAAAAGUGUGAAAGAUGAGGAAGAGGAUGGCAAGACUCCAACUCAACCACUGUUGAAAAAAGAGUCCAAAGGUCCUGUUGUGCCUCUCAAUGUCGCUGAUCAGAAGCUGCUGGAAGCUAGUACACAAUUUCAGAAAAAACAAGGAAAGAACACUAUUGAUGUCUGGUGGCUUUUUGAUGAUGGAGGUUUGACUCUAUUGAUACCUUACCUUCUGACUACCAAGAAGAAGUGGAAAGACUGUAAGAUCAGAGUAUUCAUUGGUGGAAAAAUAAACAGAAUAGACCACGAUCGGAGAGCGAUGGCAACUUUGCUGAGCAAGUUCCGGAUUGACUUCUCCGAUAUUAUGGUCCUGGGAGACAUCAACACCAAACCAAAAAAGGAAAAUAUUGCAGCUUUUGAUGAAAUGAUUGAGCCAUACAGACUUCAUGAAGAUGAUAAAGAACAAGACAUCGCAGAUAAAAUGAAAGAAGAUGAACCCUGGCGAAUAACAGACAAUGAACUUGAACUGUAUAAAACUAAGACAUACCGGCAGAUCAGGUUAAAUGAGCUACUGAAGGAACACUCGAGCACAGCUAAUAUCAUUGUCAUGAGUCUGCCAGUUGCCCGCAAAGGUGCUGUGUCUAGUGCCCUCUACAUGGCCUGGUUGGAAGCCCUGUCUAAAGACCUGCCACCCAUCCUCCUUGUCCGUGGGAAUCAUCAGAGUGUCCUUACCUUCUACUCCUAAGUGUGCCACGCAGCGGACAGCCCGAGGGAAGCAACGGAACUCUACAGCGACACGCUCACAUCCUGGGGGCAAACAGUGACUUUUCAAUUUCACUAUUUCAUUGAUUUGAUAGCACAGAGAAGUUGCUCCAUUGACGAGUGGAUGGAGACUUCAGUUCUGGUCACUUCCAUAUCUCAAUGUUCAUGAACAGUGAUUCUUUGUGGCUGAGCUCAAGUUCAUGAGAGUAAAGUUUUCCUUUGCUACUUGAAUAGCAAUAAAGUGUGUGGUUUUUUUUUUUUUUUUUUGAUUGACAAAAUGAGUACAAAAAAGCCUUUAGCCUUGAGGUGCCUUCUGAAAUUAACCAAAUUUCAUCCACAUAUGCUCUUUUAUAAAUUUAUAGAAUGUCAAACCAUGCCUUCUGCUAUUUUAUUUCCCAUCCUUGCCACCUUAAGAUGGACACUGCUUCCAACCUUCGUUGCCCAAAUAGUGUUGAGUAGUGUUAUGUUUUCUAGAAUUUUUGUAAACCUGUCUGUUGGACAGUAAAGGUAAGAUUUAGGGCAGGUAAAUGACAACUGGGGGAGAGACUCAAAAGGUGACCUGACAGUUAGGUUUAGCAUAUGCAGGUUAGGGAAAAAAGCAACCCUUCUGAUUGGCUGCGUUUUUAUCUUCGCUAUUUCCUGAGCCCUUAGACAAGUUUGCAGAUUCAUCUACUGCCCCUCAUGCUAAAAAGUCAAAUGUCAUUACUGUCUAAUCUGUCCUCAUUUAGACUUCCCCUCAAAUCUGAGGGAUUUUAUUUUUAAGAAAUGUUAACAGAUUUUUUGGAAGACAAUUUAGACAAAGCAGUGUCAUUUAAUAAAUACUAUGUGGAAUUUCACUAUAUUGUACCAUCCUUUUUAAACCAUUACAAUAAUGUUUCAUCAAAUGGUUAAAUGGACCACCGGUUUCUUCGUGACAUGUUUUUAGGCUUACUUCAUUUGUCAAGUACACUUGGUCUUAAUACACUCAGGUUUGAACAGAUUGUUCAGAACAUUUAAAUUUAAUCCAUUCUUAAUACUUUAAAACUUGUGUUAAGGAAAACUGCCAGUUUAUGCUUUGGAUCUGUCUGUUCUGACAUCAUAGUCUACUAGUGCACAUGUGCUCUUACUGAAGCUUUAGAUGCAGCUAGCAAUGUGAAGUCUGCUUUUAUUUAAGGAAGGAUUUUCUUAAACAUUUCAAGGGAUUUAUGUGUACACACCUGAACGUGUAUGUGCGUGUGCAUAUGUGUAUAUACAGUCAAACUUACGUUGUUGAUGUUUUCUAAUUUAAAGCGAUCAGGAUCCAGGACAUUCUGUUGCCGUUUCGGUAAACGGGCUGACAGAGACUGGCAGAGGUGUCACGGGCACACACAGCUGUGUGGGCGUUCCCAGCAGUCCCCGGGCAGCGAGGAGGCCUUGCCGAGAGGAUCGCCUGCCGUCCAUGUGGGGCCGGCUCCAGCCACGGAGACUUCCUACAGGUUUUGGGGAAUCUUGACAGGGCGAUUGUUUUCCUUGCUGCCGUGUUUGGGCUGUGUGUGUAUGAAGAGCAUCUAAAUUGGACAUUUGAAAACUGAGUUCAGAGUACUGAAGAAAAGAAAAUCAUCCUAAACAUCUUCCCUACUACACAGCUCCCAGCAUUGCUGCAUCUAUUGCUGACCUGCAAUGUUGGGGUGGGAAAGGCAGUAGAAACGUGUUACUACUCAGUGACCAGUGCAGACUUACAGGGGUGGGGAACAGGGCCUGGCUAUGUGCUGCUAUUGGAAAUGUGCAGAGGUACAUUUUUUUUUUUAAGAUUUUUUCCCAUUCAGGAAAACAUUGUAAUCUGUACUGCAGGAACCAGAUGUCAUGCAUCAUAGAUGCCUGUAUAAAGUACAUAAGAUAUCUAAAUACGCAUAAGGUGGGGAGGGUAAUAUUGUCUGUGAAAUAAUGUAAGAAGCUUUCCACUUCAACAGAAGCAUUACUUUGAACACUAAACACCGUGUCAGACAUUUUCAAGGUGGUUGGAGUGCUUGAAUAAAUUCUAGUAAUUCCUUGAGAAGCUAGGUAGUUUGAAGCUAUUCUGUUUCAUUCAUGCUCAAUUCUGAUUAAUGCCAAAUUUUGUUAGUUGUAAUCACUGGUGAUAAGGGCACCGGGCAGUCAUUAUUCCUAAACUGGUCAGUGGUUUGGGAGAGAAGGGCGAUGUGAAGCUGAUUAACAGUUAAUUAAAUCAGAUAUUUAUUUGUUACAUUGUUUCAUUUGUAUUCUAGGUUGCCUUUUGCAUUCUUUUUAUAUGCUUUCUGACUUUUUUUUAAGACUAUGGAAAUAAUUUAAAGAUGUGAGCUCUGGUGGGUGAUUCCCUACUAAGUUUGAAAUGGAAUAUUUUGAUAAUACUGUACCAUAACUGUCACAGAUGCUUUUCUAAUGUUUUAACCUUGAAUAUUGCAGUUGCUGCUUUGUACAGAGGUCACUGCAAUAAAGGAAGUGGAGUCAUUGAAACUA